CUCAAACCCUAAACUCAAACACCAAAGCCUUCUUCGUCUUCUUCUUCCCCUCUUAAAUCUCUCUCUCUCACCAUGUCUCACCCCACCUCCUCGGAUCACGACCGCCACAACAACCCGGACCCGGUCCCGACCCGCCUCUACAACCCCUACCAAGACCUCCAAGUCCCAAUCCAAAACCUCUACAAGCUCCCCACCUCGCCGGAGUUCCUCUUCGUCGAGGAGGCCCGCCGCCAGCGCCGCUCCUGGGGCGAGAAUCUCACCUUCUACACCGGCUGCACCUACCUCGCCGGCGCCCUCGGCGGCGGUUCCGCCGGCUUUGUCUCCGGCGUCCGCUCCUUCGAGGCCGGCGACACCUCCAAGCUCAAGGUCACCCGGAUCCUCAACUCCUCCGGCCACACGGGUCGGGUCUGGGCCAACCGCCUCGGCGUGAUCGGGUUGCUCUAUGCGGGCAUGGAGAGCGGCGUUCAGGCCAUGAGGGAUACUGACGAUGUCUGGAACGGCGUCGCGGCGGGGCUGGCGACCGGCGCGGUGUACAGGGCGGCGAGGGGAGUGAGGUCUGCGGCGGUGGCCGGAGCGGUUGGGGGAGCUCUGGUGGGAUUGGCUGUAGGGGCAAAGCAGGCAUUGAAGCGAUACGUGCCGAUAUGAUAUGAUGAAGAUUGAGGAGAAGAGAAGAGGGUUUGGAUGUGAGUGAUGUCUACAGGUGGCGUUUGAGGGGACACUGAGUUUCGGUGACGAUGGAUGAUAAGUUGCUUUCUCUAUGGUUUUCUGUUGAUGGUAGAUGGCAUCCAUCUGUAAGUGAAACACACACAAGCACAAACACCAGGCAUAUGCAUGUCUAUACAAACAUGAACUACUUUCAUAAUUCUGCCACAAAUGUUGAAUCAUGUCAUUUCUUUGUUAUCUGCAAUUUUUUUGCAUCUUGAAUCAGCUUGGCAUUCGAAAGCUGGUUUGAAAUAAGCUGUAACUUU